UCGACUUCUUUGAGAUUAUCGAUAAUGUGCCCUAUCACUAGAACGGCUGAUAAUGACAGCUAAACGAUAAUAAAUAAUAGCACUCCUAUAUAGUCGCAUUCAGUAUUUGACAUUUGGAAUGGGGACGUGUCAAAAGUUCGCGACCGAAUUCGAAGUAAAUUUUCGCAAAUAUUAGUUUAAUAACUUAAAUAAUUUUCUAAUUAAGUUUACACAAAAUUACUAUUCGACAGUGAUAUCUAGCCUUAAAGAUUAUUUACAUCCAAUUGAAACGAGUAUUUGAAUGAAAAAUAUCAAAAAUGUAAAAGUUUACUUCGUUGCUUAUAAACAAACCUUUUUUUUCGUACACAAAGGCUUUAUUGUAAAAUGUGUGUGCGUUGACUUAUUAUAAGUUGGAGUUUCGUGACUGUUAGUGUUUAAUUAGAUUUUAUGAAAAGGAAGUUGUUCAAUUGUCUAAAAAUGAGUGGGGUCAGCCGAGACGCUCCUGUCGGUGUCCAAUGUCUGCAGAAGUUCAGCUCUUGGAUGUGCCCUCGACUCCAAUUAAAUAGAUUACGAUGCUACCAGGCGGGUGUGCUGGUGCUGACAUACUUCACGUACAUGACGUACCACCUGACGCGCAAGCCCAUCUCGGUGGUGAAGAGCGUGCUGCACCAGAACUGCAGCGGCCUGGCGCCGCCGCCGGGUGUGCUGCCGACCGACGACCAGUGGUGCAACUGGGCGCCGUUCAAUACGAGCGACGCGUACACGUUGCUGGGAACGUUGGACUCCGCCUUCCUAUUUUCUUACGCGGGCGCCAUGUUUGUUUCCGGCAUGGUGGCGGAACGCGUGGACCUGCGCUACUUCCUGUCGCUGGGCAUGCUGGCGUCGGCCGUGUUCUGCUACCUGUUCGGGCUGGGCCGCACGCUCAACGUGCACGACAUCUCCUUCUACUUGCUCGUGCAGGCGGGCGCCGGCAUAGCGCAGACCACGGGCUGGCCGGGCACGGUGGCCAUCGUGGGCAAGUGGUUCGGUAACGCCAAGAAGGGGCUCAUCUUCGGCCUCUGGAAUUCGCACACCUCGCUCGGGAACAUCUUAGGUACGCUGAUGGCUGCGAAGUACGUGGAGACGGACUGGGCGCUGUCGUUCGUGUACCCCGCGCUGCUGAUGGGCAUCAUGGGCUUCGUCGUGUUCUUAUUCCUGGCCCCUGAACCGCGCCUCGUGGGGCUGGCCGUCGACCGGGCCUCCCCAGGCAGGCAGUCCCACCGAUCGGAGACUGAAGAGGAACCCACGCAGGUCAUCGUAGGAGACCAGGCGGCCAGCCUUCGCCCGUCGCGUCACUCUGCUAACUCGCCGCCGGAGGAGGGCGCGGCGGGCGAGGGCGCGUCGGAGGCCACGGCGCUGCUGGGCCGGCGCGCGGGCGGCGCCGUGUCGCCGCGGCGCGCGCUGCGCAUCCCGGGCGUGGUGGACUUCUCGCUGUCGCUGUUCUUCGCCAAGCUGGUCAGCUACACCUUCCUGUACUGGCUGCCGCUGUACAUCAACUCCUCCACGACGCUGACACCCAAGCAGUCGGGCGAGCUGAGCACGGCGUUCGACGUGGGCGGCGUGGUGGGCGCGGCGCUGGCGGGGCUGCUGGCCGACUACGCCAGCUGCCCUGCGCUCGUGUGCUGCGCCUUCUACGCGCUGUGCGCACCCACGCUGCUGGCCUACCAGUCGUGGGGCGCGGCGUCGUACGCGCUCAACGUGGCGCUGCUGGUGGCGGCGGGCGUGCUGGUCAACGGGCCCUACGCGCUCAUCACCACGGCCGUCAGCGCCGAGCUGGGAACCCACAGCAGCUUGGCGGGAGACGCGCGCGCACUGGCCACUGUCACCGCCAUCAUAGACGGCACGGGCAGCAUUGGCGCGGCCGUGGGGCCCAUGCUGGCGGGGCUGGUGUCGGGGCGCGGCGGCAGCUGGUCGUACGUGUUCUACAUGCUCAUCGGCUGCGACGUCAUGGCGCUCGUACUGCUGCUCCGGAUGGCGUCUUCCGAAGUGCGGCGGAUACGACACGAGCGGCGCCUCGCCUCGCCGCGCGUGCGCAUCGAAUGACGUCACACGCUAGCCGCCGCGCGGAGGCGACCCCGCGCCGACACGAUUUUCAAAACAAUCUUUGAUAAAUAAUAAUGUACUGAAUGCGAAAAACGCGUUCUCACUCACAGAAUGUUGAAUUAUUUUUGUUAAUUUACUCGUGAGUGAGCCGAUUUGGGCAUCCAGAAAAAGUUUAUGUAAUAUCUUAUUUCAAGUGAGAACAUAAAUUUAUGUAUUGUUAAACAAAAUGUGUAUAAGCACAAAACCGGAAACUUUUCUGUUUUGGUACUACAAAAUGUAACAGAAAAAGUUGCCUGCCAAAUAUAGAAGAGGUACAUUAUUGAGUGGAGCUAAAUAGAAAUAAAUGACAAUUGUGUGACUUCAGUGGUCUUCGAACUAACGUA